AUGUCGCACACCCAAAAGAAAGAUGACCUGGGAAGCGCGGAGAACGUAGAGGACGCGCAGGCCUCACCUGCCGCACACGAGCACGAGCACGAGCACCCGGAGUGCAGUCUGGACGACCUCAGUGUAUGGAAGUGCGUGAAGCAGAACCCCAAGGCAAUUUUCUACUCGUUCCUCAUGUCGAUCGGCCCGACGGCGUUUGGAUUUGACAACCUCGUUGUCGGUCUGGUGGCCUCGAUGCCCGGUUUCCAGAUGGUCUUUGGAGAGAUGAUCGACGGCAAGCUCUUUGUGCCCUCGCUUUGGCUCGCCCUCUGGAACGCCAUGACCGCCGUUGGUAUCAUGGUGGGUGCAGUGACCAACGGGUACGUCCAGGACCGCUUCGGGCGCCGCUGGUCGUUCUCUCUGGGUGGUGUCAUUGCGACGGUUGGAAUUGCCAUCUGCUACAUCAGCGACCGGAGGGACCUUCUGGGCGGCCGGCGCAACAUGUUUCUCGGGGGUAAGAUAGUGCUUGGUGCCGGGCUGGGCAUCUUCCAAUCCACCAGCCAAACGUACAUUUCCGAGAUUGCUCCGGUGAGGAUUCGCGGUCCGCUGCUCUCCAGCUAUACAUUCAUGAGCGUCGUUGGCCAGCUGGUCGGCACGUCAAUCGUAUACUCGCGUGUGACAAUGCUCGAACCAGCCUCCUACCAAAUCCCCCUCGCUGCCCAAUGGGCCUUCUCUGGGGCAAUCAUCCUCAUCGGCCUCAUCAUCCCCGAAAGCCCGGUCUACUAUCUCAAGAAAAACAACAUCGAGAAGGCUGCACGGUGCUACCGCCGCCUGUACUUCGGCUCUGACCACUCCGUCGCACUCACAAAGGCGAAGGAAACCCUCGAAUAUGAACAGGCCAACGAGCUACACGGAAAACAGUCUUCCUUGCUGCUAGAGUGCUUCCGCGGAGUCAACUGGCGCCGCACUCGCAUUGCCGUCCUUGCCGUCUCCCUGCAGCAGUGCCUGGGCAUGAGCUAUAUCGGCCACUGCUCGUACAUUCUGCAGCAGGCUGGGAUGGCCGCUAACAAGUCGCUCAUGCUGAUGCAGGUUGCGAUCGGUGUCGGCCUGCCAGCGAAUGUCAUAUCUUGGUUCCUGAUGGCUACCUUGGGCAGAAGAACCAUUAUCCUUUGGAGUACACUUGCGGUUGGACUCUUGUGGCUGGCGUCCGGUAUUGCCGGGUGCUUCCCUUCCAGCAAUACGGCACUUUUGUUCGUCGGCAUCGCCAUGAUAAUCAUCAUGUUCACCUUCGGUCUAGGAGUCGGCGGUGCAUAUCCCGUCGUCGCCGCCGAAGUGUCCGCAGCGCAGCUUCGCGCCCAUACGCAGGGGAUUGCCUACAUGGCUGGCGGCUUCUCAACAUGGCUCUUCUCAUUCGUCGUGCCUUACAUGUUUAAUACUGACGAGGGGAAUCUGGGUGCGCGCACGGGCUUCGUCUUCGCGGCGCUGUGUGUGCUUGGCGCUGUCGUGGUGUUUAUGGAGUUCCCCGAGACCAAGGGCAGGAGUUAUCGCGAGCUGGAUGAAAUGUUUGAUUGCAAGGUCCCUGCGAGGAAGUUUGGCGAUUAUGUAUUUACGGAGGAAGGGGUGGGUGCAAAGGGGGAGGUAUAG